GAUCUCCACCCUCCAGCCUCCCCCCUGACACUUCUCAUAAAUAUUACCGAGGCUUAUUUGAACAACUCGCAGCACAAAGUCACAUCGUGUCCUGGUUCUUACACGCUUUCACCUGUCAGAACACACGAAAGUUGAUUUUUUUUUUUACACCUCUUUCUCUCUGCGCUCCAGGCAACAGUUCACCAAAUCCAACUUUAUGCACCGGUUCCCGUGCCGAGAGCUGGACCGCUGCUGUGGCCGCAAACAGGUCGCUGCCCCGGGGCGACAAAGUGACUCUCUUCCCACAAAGUGACCCACACAUCGGAGGAAAAGACUGUCUGCUGCCAUGUACAGGCAGGCGUAUUAAUCACAGCUCAAGGACUGGAGAUCUGUCAAGUUUGGCAACUCGGGACUUUGCUUCGUCGAUUUGUUUUCUGCGGGUGAAGACGCGAAGGGGAGUGCGGCUCUUUCGCAAAAGUUGAUGUUAUUUGUGAGCAAAAGAAGAAAAGAAAAAGGACUUUUUUUCUUCCUGAACUUUAUAAUCAAGUCAAGUUUCCAUGAUGAGCAAACCUGCCGGCUCAACAAGUGGCUGUCUGGAUAUUCUGAAUGUCAAAUCAAGUAAGUGUGGCUUUUUCUGUCCUUACGCGCACUGCAGCUCGAAGGAGAGGUGACGGGCCUCCCUGUAGUUACAGCUGCACUAAACCAACAGUAGUCCUCAACUUAUAUGUUUAGUACUACUGUGGUUUUCUCAUGUUAUAACAGCUUUACUGUCAAAACUUCGCCUGUUCAAUCCUCGAGGUCAUAUCUGAGCAGUGAUCCGCGAGGGGAUAGCUGUCGCCCGGGUGCGUAAAAUUGAGUCAAAAAUUGUUUGGACCAGCUUUUCUUAUAAAUUCAUGUAUUUGUUGAAAUGUAAGAGAAAGAAACUAAAACCCGAAGAUUCAAACUCUCUCGUCUGUAAUGAUGCCACUUGUUGCCUUUAAUUUAACAUUUAGUAAAAGAGUAAACUAAACGAGAUGAGAAGUGAUUGAAAUUGUAAUUUCAAGCGUGUAUAACGGAUCCGUCUUUGGCCGCCCUGCUGGUUUAUUUACUCAUAUUAAAUAAAUAGGUGCGUGGACAUGUGCGUGUUUGUGCAUCUCUGUAAAAUGUUACGGUAAUGUAUUUGAUCGUGGAUAUAUUCAGUGUAUUUUAAGUGAGUUAUUUGAGUGACUUUCGCUCGUAGAAGUUGAAAAUGAGUUAAUGUAUUUUUUCUUUUAUUUUUUGUACUGAGGCCUCGCACUUAUCUAAAUUCAAGCAGCUCAUAUUAAAGGCCUUAUGCAGGCUGUUGUUCUGUUUUAAAUGACGGCCAACUUUAUGUUUAAUUCAUAUUAUAUUUGUGUCUUUAAAUCAGCCGUUUCCAAACAGGUGCUCUUAAUGUUACUCUGCUACCCUCAUGGUGUAUCCUCAUGUACACAUGCAGGUGGCCAUUUCAUUUAGUUCUAAAUCAAACAGCUCAAAUCAGAGCUUCUGUCUGUCUGUCUCCACAUUAUGGGUGGUCAGCAGAAAUAUUUCCUGCUCUUGGUAAAACUUGAUUUCACUUCUUUUAACAGCUUUUGGCCCUGAUGGUGAUUACCUUAAUAGAAGAUGCCAUAUAUCUUCAAGCAAUUACUGCACACAAUGGGGCGAAUUGGACCCCCACAGCGGGAAGUUAAAUACAUUUCCCCCCUUCCACAAUAAAAGUUGUCAUUUUAUUAAAUUGGCACUCGAAAAUAUACACAAUUAUUAUUAUUAAUUUGGACGCAAUUUAAUGACAUGUUGUUUAUUUUUUGUUUUAUCUCUACAAGUGUGCGUCAAACUUUUAUUUUGGUAGUGCGCAAGUGAACUUGACUCGCUGAGCUUUGAUUUAAUACAGAUCUGUUAAUUAAAAAGGGUGCCUAAAGAGUGCGCAAAUAAUCAAUUGCAUGGUCUACAAGGAGAGUAGACAAAAAAUAGGUUCCUUCAUUUUUUUUUUUUUUUUUACACUGCAGAUCGAUUUUUUGAAUUUACGCGUGUGAUACAAGUCUCCCUCCAGAAGGCCAACUGUUGCUUCAGCUCUGAGCAGACAUGAAACUCUGCAGAAAAAGAGAGCUCUCUCCGUCUGAUGUCAAUUACACGGCUGUGACCAUCACUUAAAUAGUCCAUCCACGGCCCUCUGAUUCCUCAUAAUCUGCCAAUUUGAGCUCCAUAACUUUCUCUUGGAGUCAUUGUUUUUGCUGCUCGCUGGUUAUUCCCAUGCUACCCUUUUUGCCGGGUCACUGGUGAAUCAAAGAGCAGGUGGCAAAACGUCAGUGUAAUUACAUAGACGGCGUUUCCCUCCAGAAGAAAAAAGCCCUCCCUCAUAUGCAUACAAAUAUACUUCUAUAGAUUUCCAUACAGAAUCCAAAGAGGGAAAAAAUCAAAUUUUUUCAUCUCCACCGGGUCGAUUUACAUACACUUCAUUUGAGUUGGUGAAACGAGUUGGUGCGCAUUAUUCUCAUGGUGCAGUGUCACUCCCUAAUCCCGGGGCCUAUAGACCUGUGGGAUAAAGCAGCUGUCGAGUCCCAUUAUGAAGGGGAGUUGGCAGCUUGUCGAGAUCCAGGCAGUCAGACGAGGUUCAAUGGGGGAAAAUCAUUAAGUUAACACUUUCCCCUAAUGUCUCCAUUGUGCGCCCUCGGCCCAUUGUCUUAGAGAGCUCAGAUAUGACGCUUCCCACCGGACUUUAUUCUGGAAAUGUGCGGCGCGAAUUCCCAUGGUGGGACGAGGUGUGGGGCGAUGUCCAGUAUGUGUGUGCGUGUGAGUGUGUGUGUAUGGGGGUUUGUCUGAUAAAAACAAGUGAUUUGUUGGGCGAUUUGUAGGUGUAAAGAUACCCUUAAUGAGUCCGUUUUUGGCCUUUACUGUACAUUCCCAUCGCUGAUUUCAACUCAGUUUAUUGGAUAAUAAAAGAAAAGAUUGUUCAACUGAGAAAAGAAAAGAAAACACAGAUUUUCUUCGAUUUUGAGUCAACUUUUGAGAAUGAAUGCUGUCAUGAAUUUGAUACUCAAUUUUUUCAGUUCGUCUUUCACUAAAUCGUCCUCUAUAUGAAAUAUCUUCACUUAGGUCGCAUCUUGGACAUUCCCUGCAAAGUGUGCGGAGACCGCAGCUCAGGGAAACACUACGGUGUUUACGCCUGUGACGGCUGCUCGGGAUUCUUCAAGAGGAGCAUCCGCAGGAACAGAACCUACGUCUGUAAAUCUGGCUCUCAGGUGAGGCCUCCUCCUCCUCCUCCUCCUCCUGGCUUUUUUGUUGAUACUUCUAUCCUUUUUCCACCAAGAUUUAAACAGACGGUGUCAACAGUCGUUAUAAGUUAGUGCAUAUUUGAUUGUGUCACUUUUGUUCGACUUCGUGGAUAAACCAGCAAUUUGGUAGUGAUCUGACGAGAGUUGUGAAUACAUAAUAAUCUACGUCUAUUUUCUGUGCAGUUAACUUUAUGAUCUCACAAGAAAAUGUACUACUAGGCCUACUGGGCAUGUUCCAAAAGAGAUUUGUAUUUUAAGCGAUACCUGAAGAAUGAUUUGAGUGGUUAAAACAUCGCUCAUCCUCAUUUAGACGACAAUUGCAUCUUUACGCACGGUAUGCCCACUUUACGCGCAAGUUCUGUGGACUUUUCUCUCCUGGUGCUGUGUGAAGUCUUCCUUGAUGAGCCUAAUUGCGUCAUACCUCCACCAUUAAGCAAUGGUCUAAACACCUCGCUACUGUAAUAUAGCAGUGUAAUCCAAUCUAAGUGAUGAGUCUGAGGCGAGGAUUUAGGCAGCAGAGGGCGAGAUGGAGUGCUUCUCCUCCGGGAAGAGGCCGCUGCGGAGCGGCAGGGGAGCAGGUCGAUAACUGCGCGAUAAUAGCGCGAGCUUUCACCUGGAGAGUGGCCUCCCGGGAAGAUAAUAACAGGAGGCAUUUUAUUGUGAAAGCUGGGAAAUUAUCAGGCUGUAACUCCCUCUGUUUGUGUGCAUGUGUGUAUGUGUGUGUACAGGGUGGCUGUCCCGUGGACAAAACUCACAGAAACCAGUGCAGAGCGUGCCGUUUGAAGAAGUGUCUGGAAGUGAACAUGAAUAAAGACGGUAAAUGGGUUUAAUUGAAUUAUCACUUCGGCCAUACACACGCUAUGGGCUGGCGUUUGGGUCGAAGGUGAGGGCCUCGGAAGGGAAAGCGUGUCAAGAUUGUUAACGGAGCUUAUAAGAAGCUUCUGCUUGAUUUUUGCUCUUUAUGGCGUAUUUUGUUAAAUUUUUAAUCUACAGGAGCUGUAAUUCUCUUCAGCUCCAAUUAUUUUAUAUUUUUCUCAAACUACUUGGCCCUCAUAUUUUGGUAACUUCGAAGAUAAAUGUAAAAAAAAUGGAUCUAAGAAAAUGCGUUCAAAAAAUAAGAUAAAUCCACGUCUUCAUGCCUUCACUCUGUGUCCACUCCUGUCCCGUUUUUCAGCCGUUCAACACGAAAGGGGCCCCCGAACGUCCACAAUCCGCAAACAGGUCGCCCUAUAUUUCCGGGGCCACAAAGAGGUGAACGGAUCAUCGACCCAUUUCCCGGGAGCCUCUCUGCCCGGCCCUCCCUUCUUCACCACGGUCACGCAACUGGAGCCUCACAACCUGGAGAUGAGUGCAGUGGCCACCACACCGGAGAGACAGGCCAUCGUGGGUCUGGCGCAGCCCACACCUAAGGUAUAUAUUUUUUUCUAAAUUUGAUCUUUCUGUCCUAUGAUUUCAUGAUGUUUUUUGGCUCAUUGUAAGUGUUUUAGCCUGUGCUUUCUUUCGACUUUGUAUAGUAUUUGGUGGUUUUCUUCAAAAGUUAUCCCAAUAUUUCACUUCAUAUUAAGGAUAUUCUUUAGACAUUUGUAUUUUUGCCUUCCCUAAUGUUAUUAACGGAUUACAGCUUUUUUUUCGCAAGGGUGAGAAGUUGAAAUUCUUGUCCUGAUUUAGCAGCUACAAAUCCGCCUAUUAGAUUUCUCACUGUAAUCCUCCACAACCAACACUAAUAAUUAUAAAACCAGGUGCUGGGACUUGGAAUUUGACCUUUUUGUUCACGGGUCUCUGCACCAUGUUUCAGUACAGUUUGAAAAGAAAACUGAUUUACGUUGUUGUGAUCUAUUUCUCCUCUUACAGUAUCCACACGAAGUCAGCGGCACCCCGAUGUACCUCUACGAGGUGGCCACAGAGUCUGUAUGCGAGUCUGCGGCGCGCCUCCUUUUUAUGAGCAUCAAGUGGGCCAAGAGUGUUCCCGCAUUCUCCACCCUGCCUUUAUCCGACCAGGUACACUUUGGAUCGAGGGGCAGAGGAAGGACUUUGGGGUCUUAGUAUAAUCCUAAACGUUAUAGGGAAACUGUAAAGAGCUAAUUUGGUUUGUAAUUGAUGGUUCUGAAAAGUUACAUCUGGUAGAUUUGGGCGUUGGAUGCUGGGACUCUCACAUUUAUCAGAACUUUAGCAGCUUAAAUGCUUAAAAAAAUAAAUUAUUAGGUUAUAUGUUACAGCCUACAUUAUUUCUAACACUGAACUCUUAUCUUUCAGCUGAUUCUUUUGGAGGAUGCGUGGAGGGAGUUAUUUGUUCUGGGCAUUGCGCAGUGGGCUAUUCCUGUAGACUCCACCACUCUUCUCGCUGUUUCUGGUGAGUAUGAGGCACGAGAGGGCUUAUGGGCCUCUCAGAGGCCUCACGAGCCGCAGACGUAAAAGUGUUUAAUACAGUAGGUCAUUGCGGCUGUAUUAUUAUCCUACAAAAUGACAUUUUACUCUCCAUGCAUUGACAGGAAUGAACACUGAAAACACAGAGUCUCAGCGGAUGAAUAAGAUCAUGUCUGAGAUUCAGGCGCUUCAAGAGGUGGUCACCAGGUUCAGACAGAUGCGCCUCGACGCCACAGAGUUCGCCUGUUUGAAAUGUAUUGUGACAUUUAAAGCAGGUUUGUACUUUCACCUCGCUUUAUGGAACGGUACCAUCAAACUGAAAGCGCUGGUAGAAGUGAUCUCAUCGUCUCAUAAUUCCUGUCUUCAACAGUUCCCACGCAUGGCAGCACCGAGAUAAGAAGUUUCAGAAACGCCAGCGCCAUUGCUGCACUACAAGACGAGGCCCAGCUCACCCUCAACAGCUACAUUCACACCAGGUAAGAGCAGACCCAAUCAGUGUGUUUCAGCGUCCCCUUCAGCUGAAUUCUUUAUUAAGUUAAUGAGGCAAUGAGCCUCUGCACUCCUCUGCCCUAAUUGUGCGCACGUGCAACAGUUGCGCCUCGUCGUUAAUUAGCAGCUAUUUGACACAGGUGUGCGUUAAUUGGCUCCCGGUCGCACCAGACGGUUUGUACCUAAAGCUGGAGGAAGGGCUGUAUCUGACCCUUAGUGUUAUCUUACAGGUAUCCGACUCAGCCCUGCCGCUUCGGAAAGCUGCUCCUGCUCCUGCCGGCGCUCCGCUCGGUCGGCCCGUCCACCAUAGAGGAGGUUUUCUUCAAGAAGACCAUAGGCAACGUGCCCAUCACCAGGCUCCUCUCCGACAUGUACAAGUCUAGCGAUAUAUGAGCACGAGCCAUCCGUCUAUUUCAAUGGAAAAGACUUCAGCAGAGGGCCCACGGGGCCAGGAAGCUGCCCACAGUGUCAAUCAUAGCAGGUUUUAAGACACCCUGUUUGGGCCUUAAGGCUCAGAUGAAACAAAGACUGCCACACAGCCAGAUUUCACCGAGUUAGCCUGUUAACAGUCAGCCUAGUUGAGGAUUAGUGUUUAACUUUCAUUAUAGUGACUGAAGCUGAAAACCUGCCAUCUCUGCUUUGGGCACGACAGCCAGCAAUGCAUCAAAUCUCACCUGAAGACUCGAGAGAGCAUAUUUCAGGUAUGUCCGGAAAAAGAAAUAUAUAUUCAAAAGUUUUCCGAGCCUCGGACACCAAUGAGCUUGACGACCAAUCCAGUGUUUUACUGCUGUGUUCAAUCCAUAUGGAGGAAACCAAAUAAAAUGGCGCAUGCGUAAUGGGGGCGUGAAUCGCUGUCCUCUGGAUCCGGUGCUGAAACCAAACGCGCAUGGUAACGAAGAAGAAAAACAGUUGAACCAAGAAAAUGAAGGAGAGGACUUCUCCUCCUGCUGGCACUGCCUCCUGACUGUAAAACUACAUGCAUCUGAAGACGGUGUUUGUACUUAAGUGGUGACUGUCUUGUUUGUGUCGGUGUGUCUUGUUUGAGGCGCAGCAUUCAAAACGUGUAGGUCAACUUUGUGAAGUUAGACACUAACACUGGAUAUAAAAUUAUAUUCAGCACUUGGAAAUGUUCUUUUGUGGCCUGUGAUGUUUUUAUUCUGUUGUAAAUAUUUGGAGUUAUAACUAUUUAGAGUUGUAACUGAGAGAAUAAAAGACACUGAAUUAAACUGUUUUCAUAUAAUAGAAAUAUAAAAUACCACCUGCUGUUUGGAAACUUAUUUUCACUUCACAUCACUGUCAAGAAUGAAAAUGUUUUUAUAGCAAAGGUGCAAAACAUAUGCCAAAGUCAUGUUUGUGCCGCCCCAAAUCAUGUGAAGUCUAUGACUGAGUUUGUGAUUUGCAGAUCAUAAAUUAAUUUUGAAAUCACUGUCAUAUUUAUCAGGCUUUUCUAUCUGUACUGGUUGUUGAGAAUAGAGUUGAAUGUUACUAAAUGACCCAUCAGUCCUUAUUUGGUCAAAUUUACAUGCUUUGGAGUUUUCAAUGCAUCUAUGACGGACAGAAGAAUAAAAAACAGCACCAGGAAGAUCAGUAAUAAUAGUGUGACUGCACAAAAGUGUUCAACAUCACUAUGUACAAAGCACAGUUAAAUCCUUUUGGAAUACUAGUCAAUGUAUUUUCAAAUAAUUUAGGUAUAAUUAGGCAGUUCUUUCAUACUCAGAUUCUUGGUACUAUUUGCUGUGUAUCUCUGAGCCUCAUUCUCAGUAGUGACAGUAAUUCAAAUAAAAAACCCAGGUUCAUUUUAAAACGC